AUGACUGUGGACUUAAUAAGUUUAUUUUCCUCAGGGAAAAUUGGCAUAUCUAUACUAUGUAGGGUCUGUAUGAACUUGAGUGUCACAAUGAGCAGAAAUCAAUCCAAGCUUGAGCCAAUUCCUCCCGAGCUGCAUACCGUCUUGAACAGCAAAACGAGAGACUGUAUGAACAAGUUAAUGCAGCUUUAUUUUUGUGACUGUAUCCUUACGAUACACAUUUAUAACUUUCGGUUCCUGAUUUUCAAGAAAAGAAUCUCAGGUACAAAGCAACACAAUAAAAAAGGAUUUCACAUCCCGCUCGAACCAGAAGGAAGCAGAGGACCAUUAUUGUAUUUUGAAGAGGAUUACGAGAUCUGA